AUCUAUUAUAGUUAUAAUAUUUCUAUAUAAUUUAUAGGAAAUAAUUUUGGGAAUAAUUGGGAAUAUGACUUGUGAAUCAUCAGUACUUGACUUAUUAGGAGAGAAAGAAGAACUUCUUGAUAUAAUUCUUCACCUUCUUUCAUCUGAAGAUACUGCUAUAUUAGUGCAAAUACUUCGACUUUUACGUUCUGCACUUUGGAAUAUUCAAAUGAAUUUAAAGUCAAAAUGGAGAAUUAAUUUAAAAAAAUCAACUUUUCUGAGAGAGGUAGUUCCUUUUAUUUUAAAAAGCUCUACAAAUGAAGAACUUUUAAUUGCAACCACAAAUUUUCUACGUUCUUCAGCAGAAAUUGAUUUUCCAUCUGGAAGAACAUUAUUGGAUGAAUUAUUUGAGUCUUCUAGUUUUUUGUCAGGAAUGUUAGAAUCUUUUGAAGAAGUUUUUCCUCAGAAUGAAACUUUUUAUUCAGUUUCAACUUUGAAAUAUCUUGAAGAUUGGUUAGAAUUGUUUUCAAUUCUUCGGAAAGGUCACCAAAUUCAUCAAGAAAUUUUACAAGAAGAUAAUUUAAUUAGAAUAGUAGAGAUUCUACAAAGAAUUUUAAUAAGUUUUAUUGAUCCAUGGAAUCUUUAUCCUUUAGAUGAAAUUAAAGCUUCUUGCAUUCAUAGAUGUGCAGAAAUGAUUCUUGAUUUUCGAUGGAAAGGAUUUUUAAGAGCAGAUUCUACUGUUGAUAUAGAUGCAACAAUCUUAAAUAUUAUAGUUAGCAUCCAUACAGCAAUGAAAGAAGAAGAGGAAGAUUCCGAAGAAACAAUGGCAGAAUUAUUAAAAUAUCUUGAAGGAUAUUGGAUUGAAGUAUCAAAAAUUUCAUCAACAAAUGAAAUUAUAAAAAUUUUAAAAACAAAUGAAAAAGCUAUUAUUGACCAUACAAUUAACUUAUUAAAAUCAAAAAUUUCUGAAGAAAAAAUUAAUGAUGUAAUCAAUAAGUUGCCAUAUGAAUAAAAUAGAAUUUUAGGU